AACAAUUUGGUAACUCUUAUUCGACAUCCAUCUGAAUUAAUGAAUGUUCCUCUUCAUCAGCAACAAAACAAAUGUACAACAUUAGUGAAAAAUAAAACCGCUGCAGCAACUACUGCUUUGCAGUUCACCUAUCCACUGUUCACAAGUGCCUGCUCCACUGGUGGAAAUCCCAGCCUUUCACAGACGCAGAGUUCUAGCAACUCGUGUUCUAUAUUGGAAGCUGCCAAGCACCAGGACAUUGGACUACCCCGAGCAUUUUCCUUCUGUUACCAACAGGAGAUUGAGUCCACAAAACAGACUUUAGGUAGCAGAAAUAAAGCUUUGCCUGAGCAGGUUUGGAUUAAAGUGGGAGAAGAAGCGCUAUGUAAACAAGCAAUAAAUAAGAGGAAUCGGAGUAGAAUUCGUCAGUUGGACACAAGUGUAGAACGGCGGGCCCUUGGAGAGAUUCAGAAUGUGGGUGAAGGCUCCACCGCUGCACAGGGUGCCUGGCAGUCCUCGGAGUCCUCGCAGUCUAACCUGGGGGAGCAGGCCCAGAGUGGGCCCCAGGGAGGAAGGUCUCAGCGUCGCGAGAGGCACAACCGGAUGGAGCGAGAUAGGAGGCGCAGAAUCCGCAUUUGCUGUGAUGAGCUGAAUCUUUUAGUUCCGUUCUGCAACGCGGAGACGGAUAAGGCAACGACUCUCCAGUGGACCACGGCAUUCCUGAAGUACAUUCAGGAAAGACAUGGGGACUCUCUUAAAAAGUCUGUAAGCUACAGCAGUUCCACUGCACCCACGGUUGUCUAUCACGGCAUUGAGGUUUUGAAGACAUCAGGCCAGUUAUCUGUAGCGCCCCACCUUCUGGAUUUGUACCACUUAUGGAAUUUGAGAGUGUGUUUUGCGGUAAAACUGGCAGAAGGCUAAAGCUGACCAGACCGGACUCCUUGGUGGCCUGUCCUGCACAGGGCAGUCUGCAGAGCAGCCCUGCGAUGGAGAUCAAGUGACGGACUGAACAGGGACCCUGGGAGUAAACAGCCAUUCCUGCAAUGCACGCACCUGUUCCACCACCCUGGAGCUCCACCCUGGUCACCUGACAUGAGAAGGACCUGGCUCAAGUUGAUGGGACUCCAGUAGGGACUUUGGGAGCACAUUUUGUAAAAGUAUUUAUCUAGAACAAAAUACUUCUCCAUUAAUGUCCUCUUAGACCUUUUGGGGAUGAAGACAUCUUGAUAAUGAGUAAGUCAUUUUUCAAUUAUCUGUCUGAUUCCAUCAUGUUUUUUUAACAUGAUAACUUGAAAAAUUAACAUCCUUUCUAAUUUCUUUAGUCUUAAAAGGUACAUUGCUUUUUACUUAUUUUAUUUACAUUUUAAAAAUGCCCCCUUAGCAAUUGGAAGAAGGUAAAUUGUUCUUAACUCUAGUUUGGAAAUUUUAUUUCAUUUGUUAUAUCAUUCCCCCUUGUAAUUAUUUCCAGUCUCAUGUACUCUGUAUUGCAAAAUACAGUACUAUUUUAAAACUUUUGCCAAAAAAUUUCCAGAGACUUUCUUUAAAGCUACUUUUUUUCCAUAAAAAAUAAAACAUUUUCUCGGUAGAUUGCUUAAAUGCCCACAUUUUCAUAUUGCCAGUCAUUACUUUGCUUGUAAUAAACUGCAUGUUUGGAGCGGA